AUGUACAUCACUCUCUACUACAUACUCACUCGCCUCCCUGACUCCCUUCGCGUAGUCAGGGACCACUUCCUCUCAGUCUGUUCCACCACUCUCACUGUUGACCUCCAUGAGAAGUCCCUCCUAGCGGUCGAGAAGAGCAUAGUUGCUGUAGGGGCCUCUCGUGGUGACCCGCGCACCCCCAUCUUUGAGGGGUGUUCCCCCUCCCCCCUUCUGCCCUCUGUUGCCUCUGCUGCUGCGGCCGACCUCCUUGGUCUUGAGUCGGUCGGUGCGGCGUCUGCCCCUAGCGGGAGACGCCGCUCUGGUAAGGGCAAGGGGGGCAGGGGCACUGGAGGGGCGAGCGGGGGCGGUGGAGGUGGAGGUGGAGGCGGCGGGGGGAGUGGGGGUGGCGGUGGGAGUGGUGGUGGGGGUGGAGGUGUCGGUGGCAGCAGUGGAGGCGGAGGCGGCGGCGGCGGUGGCGGUGGGAGCGGAGGUGGCGGAGGUGGUGGCGGUGGAGGAGGCGGCGGAGGCGGCGGUAGUAGCGGAGGCGGCGGAGGCGGCGGGGGUGGCGGUGGAGCUGGUCGCGGGUCUACGCAGAGGAGUGGCUCCGGUGGUGGUCCGCGCCAGCAGCAGCAGCGCGGUUGUGAGACCCUGUCCCCUCAGCAGCUCCGUGAGUGGUACACUGCACGCCAGCGGGGUGGGGGUUUUGGUCCGUGCACCUACGUCCUGCGCACCGGCGACCGUGCGGGUGAGCAGUCUGGGGGUGCGCACCCCACCCAGCGCAGCUUUGGCCGCCUGACGGACGCGUGGUGUCACCAGUUCCCGGAGGCCACAGAGAUCCCUCGCUGGGGCGAGCUGUCUAGGGCGGGUGUUGCCAUCUAUGAUCUUGAUUUUGAUGCUAUUCUUUCUGCCAUGUAUGCUGUGUCUAUUAGUGAUGAGGGUGACUGUUACCGGUGUUUCCCGCCCGAUCCGGGCAUUGAGACUGCUGCUCUAGGUACUGGUGAGGCGGCUGCCCUAGGUGCUUGCGACGCUGCUGCUCUAGGCGCUAGUGCGUCUGCGUCCUCAGGUAUUGGUGAGUCUGCGCUCUCAGGUACUACGCCGGCUUCGGCCUCCCUCACCUUCACCCUUGACUCUGGGGCUUCUGGCUCCUUCUUUUGGGACCGCACCACACUCACGCCGCUUAGUCGGCCGGUUGCGGUGUCUCUCGCUGACCCCUCUGGGGGUCCUGUCCUGUCUAACUUCUCCACAGUCCUCCCGUGUCCGGCGGCUCCCUCUGGCACCCUGUCUGGUCUCUACCUCCCCUCGUUCUCUACGAACCUGGUGAGUGGUGCUGACCUACAGGAUGGGGGAGUACACCAGUUCACUCCUGCGCGUCAGUGGGUGACGCACUGUACAGAGGCUAACAGAGGCCGACACCUGGCUACGUUUACCCGUCAGCAGGGGUCGAGCCUGUACACACUGACCACUGCGUCUCCUCCAGUUGUUGAGUCUGGUAGGGUCGCUGCGUCGGGUCAGGUGUUUGCUGCAGCGUCCAGGUCUGGUCCUGAGUCUGCCCCCUAUUCGUGUCGUCUCCUGUCUCACGAGACUCUCCUCUGGCACCACCGCCUUGGUCACCCCUCUCUGCUUCGGCUCAGAGGCAUGGCCUCCCGACUUCUUGUUUCUGGUCUCCCUCGGUCCCUCCCUCCCCUUCCUCAGGGCCCUGGCUCUACCUGUGUCCCCUGUGUCGAGGGGCGCCAGCGGGCUGCCCCUCACUCCUCCCAGUUUUCUCCGACAGAGGCCCCGUUGCAGACGCUUCACAUGGACGUGUGGGGCCCAGCCCGCGUCCGUGGACAGGGUCACGAGCGCUACUUCCUGCUCGUUGUUGACAACUACUCGCGUAACACCGCAGUCUUCCCCUUGCGCAGCAAGGGUGAUGUCACUGAGACCUUCACGCUUCCGGACUCCCCACAGCAAAAUGGGAUUGCUGAACGCCGCAUUGGUAUGGUCAUGGACGUCGCUCGUACGUCUAUGAUGCAUGCGGCUGCUCCCCAUUUUCUGUGGCCAUUUGCGGUGAGGUACGCGACGCAUAAGAUCAACCUACACCCCAGGGUCUCCAGGCCGGAGACCUACCCAGCCUUGCUGUGGACGGGGAAGGUUGGCGAUGCGUCGGCGUUCCGGGUCUGGGGAUCUCGGGCGUUUGUCCGCGACUUGUCUGCGGACAAGCUAUCCCCUCGUGCUGCUCCUUGCGUCUUCCUGGGGUUCCCCCCUGACGCGCCUGGGUGGCAGUUCUACCACCCCACCUCUCGCCGUGUUCUGUCCUCCCAGGACGUCACCUUUGACGAGUCGGUCCCCUACAACCGCCUCUUCCCCUACCGCACCCCGUCCCUCCCCCCGCCGCCACUCUUGCUUGUACCAGGUCCCUCUCCGGUAGACCCCCUCCCCCCUCAGGGUCCGUCCCCUUCAGGUGUGUCCCAGGUAGACGCAGUCGAGCCUGUCGAGGUCACUGGUGACUCUGGUGCUGCUGAGGGUGCUGAGCCUGGGGGUGCUGACUCUGGGGGUGCUGAGCCUGGGGGUGCUGAGCCUGGGGGUGCUGCGACUGGGGGUGCUGAGCCUGGGGGUGCUGAGCUUGGGGGUGCUGAGCCUGGGGGUGUUGAGCCUGGGGGUGCUGAGCCUGGGUGUGCUGAGACUAUGGGUGCUGAGCCUGGGGGUGCUGAGCCUGGGUGUGCUGAGCCUGGGGGUGCUGAGCUUGGAGGUGCUCCGCCUGGAGGUUCUCCGGGUGCUUCGUCUCUGCGGGAGCCACUCUCUCCACGGGAGCUGCGCGAGUGGUUUGCCCGGCGCUGGAGGCGUGCUGCUGGUGCUGGAGGUUCUUCGGCUACUGAGGGUGCUGCUAUCGCGGGUCCCGAAGGUGCUCGUACUUGGAGUACUGGAGCUGCUGGGCCUGCGGGUUCGACUGGAGCUGGUGCUGCUGAGGGUGUUGGAGCUGAGACUACUGCUGGCGGUCCUGCUGCGGGUACUCCUGGUACCGCUGGAGGUUCUGGCGCUGCUGGAGGUGCAGUUGGAGCGGGUGCUCCUGCUGGGGGUACUGGUGCUGUACCUGCUGUGUCUGGCGUCGCCGCGCGGCCUCGACCGUACUUCGUUCCACUCGUGCAGCAAGUUCUUGGUCUUCCGCUUUCUACUGGUCCUCCUCCUUCUUUAGAGUGUCCACAGCCAGUCCCGUCACAGUUACAGUUGCAGCCUACCUCCCCUUUGCCUGCUCCUUCUCCCUACAGUGGUCCUAGUGGAGGUCUUACUGAGCGUUGUGAGCCUGCGUCUCGCCUUGCAUCGCCUAUCCGUGCUGCUCGCGCUAGUGGUCGUGGUUCGCGUCAGCGUCCUCCUCCUGUCCCUGGCACGCAUAGGAUGUCUCUGCGUCCGUCCACUGCUCCUCUGCGUGCCCCUUUGCCUUCUCCUCCUGAGUCCUCUCUUCCUGCUUUUGCCGACCCGGAGUCGGACUCUCUUCGUGCUGCUAGUCCUACUGUCACGCGUCUCCUGGCUACUGUUGUCACUGACCCUUCUUUCGAGUCCACUGCUGCGUCUGCCCUAGUUGCUGAGCUCGUCGACUUUGCUACUCGCUGUCGCCUAGACUACGCUGCUAGUCUUGUCGCUGAGUCUGAGUCUGUCUGUCCUCCAUCCGUCGGGGGUGAGUGUGCCCUUGGCACAGACGUCCUUGAGGACAGGCAGGAGGAGUUCCAGUGCUUGGCCGCUGCUUCACCUCAUCUCGUGUCCGUACUGCUUACCCCUGAGGGAGACCCGGAUGCACUUGACAUCCCGACUCCGCGCUCUUACGCGGAGGCGAUAGAGGGUCCCUACUCUUCUCAGUGGCAGGCAGCUAUGGAUGCAGAGAUGGCUUCCUGGAAGUCCACAGGCACCUACGUUGACGCUGUCCCCCCUCAUGGGGCGAACAUCGUCAGUGGCAUGUGGAUCUUCAGAGUGAAGCGGCCGCCGGGUUCUCCGCCUGUCUUCAAGGCGCGUUACGUGGCUCGUGGCUUCAGUCAGCGGUAG